AUGCAGCGGAAUUCUGGUACAGCGCGACGCUGCUCCUCAGCCGGCGUCCCAACAAAGUCCUUGUGCCUCUCCUGGCUUCGAGCGUGGAGGGAUGAGGCGGCGGAGAGGCGCUCGAGCUCAGCGCGCAUCUACAACACGGCCUUACAAGCCCUCAAGAGCUGUCCGCUCUACGAGCACGAUGCGCAUCCGGCUCAGCUGAUGUCUCUGGAUGCCGUAGGCCCAACACUAGCACAGCGACUCGCUGAGCAGCUCAAAGACUGGUGCAAAGACAACAAUAUGCAGAUGCCGGCGCGAGCCACCUCAUCGGCGCAAGCACGACAGGCUAGCUCCUACAAGUCGGAUAGCUUCCAGCGCAAAGUGUCUUGGGCGGCUUUCUCAACAACGAGCAGCGGAUCGAGCGAGGAUGAAAGCCGGCAAGAGCGCACGGGAACAGGACAAACGCAAUCUGUUGGAGCACAAGCUCGCCAGCAGAGCGCAGCUUCUAGCAAAAGCAAACGAGACGCGGAUGCUAGAAACAGAACAUCGAAGACGGCAGCAGCAGCAGCAGCACCGCGAGAUGGCAGCGCACCGAUCAGCAAGCCUGUGAAGCAAUACAUACCCGCCCAUCGCUCCGGUGCGCACGGAAUCCUUGUCGCCUUGUUUUCAAUGACUAGGGAAGUGCCGCGGCUGGACGACGUAGCAGCCUCAAGUGAUGAUCGCCAGGCUUCGUGUUCCCUGCCACCCUCGAUGAAGCGCACCAAAGAGCCCGUACCAUUCAGCUACCUCUCCAAGCAGCAGAUCAUCGAUCUAGCCAAAUCCUUCUCGGAUGCGUCUUAUGAGCAACGAGCUCUCCCGCCUGCAAUGGCACGCGGACCCAUCAGCUUCAAUACGGCUUGGAGCGCCAUGAAGACGCUGAUUGGCCGAGGGUACGUCUACAGGACCGGCAAUCCGCCUCGCUUCGGACUGAGCGCCCUUGGCUUCGAGGUAGCCGAGCAGUGUGCUAUCAAAGACGAUGUGCAAGCAGGGCAGGCAAUCUCGCUGGAACAAGGCUUCGAAGGAGAAGAGAAGCUGCCGAUGGUGAGUGCCGCUGGAAAGGGUCAGCGCGUACAAGCUGCAGGUCAAGCUGGACCAGCGAGAAGCGGCAACACCAAAACUUUCUGCUUCACGUACGUCGAUCCGAGCGGUGCCCACGUUCUGUAUCGCAAUAAAGCAGCAGUACGCCUCAGCGAUGUGGACUACACUCCCCUCUAUCGCAUCGUCUAUCCGACGGAUCAACGGGACCACGUCUUUGUCAAGUCUUGUCUGGAUACGGCGUCAGAGGAAGCCAAUGUGGAGCGGAGCGGCGACGUGGAACUGCUGGAGGGCUGGGUCAGAGAAUCUGCCUCGAAUGAGAGAGCAUCUGGCUUAGCGCCAUCCACGGCUCCAUCACAUCGGGGGUCACUCGCGUCUUGCGAGGACAUCCCGUCGAUACCCGCUGGUCAGCGCGGCGCUGCUGACAAGGAAUUGAACGCGGAAAGGCUUGCCGCAAGGCCUGCAGCCAGCAUCAACGCCGGGCGCGCGUCCUCGGGACCGGGUACACAAAGCCUCACAUCCAGGAAGCACGCAGUAGCAGUCAGCGGUCGCACGCGUAGCAAUCCCAAACGCUCCCGCAAGCGAUCGAAGAUCUCUGCUUCGUCAUCCUCAUCAGACUCGGAAUCGGAAUCAGAAUCAGACGGACGUGACAUCGAGGAGGAGACGACGACGACAUGUGCUUCACAUCAGCCUAGCAAGCGCGCCAGUGCUGCUACUACAAGUGUGCUUCCGCACGGUGCAAGCAAAACCGUCGCACGAAUGGCACGCAGCAAUACCGAUCGGUCGCGGAGGAAGCCACUGUCGCCCGCAGCCAAGGCCGGUACAAGCCCUUGCGCGCCUUGCCUUCAGCUGCUAUCCUCCAGUCCACCCGUUCAAGAACAAUGCGCAGAACAAUGCAACUCGUCUCCACCUCCUCUGUCUUCGCUCUUGUCGAACCGUUUUGCAAGGCAAGCACUCCGACCAAAGACGCCUUCCGACAACACUCAGCCUGCAUCUCGGCGCUCGGCAAGCGGGAGUACGGCCAGCAGUGCUCAGAAAAAGCGCCGGAACUUUUGCGAUGCGGAAAUCAUAGAGCUAUGUUGA